AUGGACCGUCGACAUAGCCCCAAACGUCGCAAGCUCGACAACGAGGAAUUCUCGGUAGCUCCACGGCCCAAAUUCCAGAAGCGAAUGCACAGAGACUCACCCGCAUCAUCACGAUCGCAUACUCCAAGGCCCCGCGAGGAUGGCAGCACACCACACCAGAAAUCCUUCGAUGGGCCUGAAGCCAUGGUGGAGGACUUCGACUCGAUGGCGCUGGAUCGAGACUGGUACGGCGGAGAAGAGAAUGGACACACCUUUGGCGAUGACACGCACAAUCCGUUUGGCGGGGCAGAGAGCACAUGGCAAGACGCGCAGAGAGAGGCGGCGCUUACUGAGAAAAAGCAGAAUAGCAGGCAAAGCGCAAGAGCGGUACAGAAGCAGAAGGAUGUGGAUGCAUGGGAGACUAACCGGAUGCUCCAAUCUGGUGUGGCUCAAAGAAGGACUUACGAUACCGAUUUUGAUGACGAUAACGAAUCGACACGAAUUCACAUUCUGGUUCAUGAUCUGAAGCCACCUUUUCUGGACGGAAAGAGGGUCUUCACCAAGCAGAUAGACCCUGUACCAGCAGUUCGUGACCCCCAAAGCGAUAUGGCAGUGUUUAGUCGAAGAGGAAGUCGGGUUGUGAAGGAAAAGCGGCAACAGAAAGAGAGAACCAAGCAAGCGCAAGAGGCUACGAAUGUCAAGGGCACUACACUAGGUAACAUCAUGGGCGUAAAAGAGGAUGACGCAGAUAGUGCAGCGCCUGCUCCAGGAGUAGAAGAAGGAGAGAACAAGGGCGGCAAUAAGUUUGCCCAGCACCUCAAAAGCAACGAAGGUCAGUCGGCCUUCAGUAAGAGCAAGACGCUGCGAGAGCAGCGGCAGUAUCUCCCAGCAUUUGCAGUACGUGAAGAUUUACUCCGCGUAAUACGCGAUAACCAGGUCAUCAUUGUCGUUGGUCAAACAGGAUCUGGAAAAACGACGCAGCUCACCCAAUUCCUCUACGAAGACGGGUAUGCGGACCAUGGCUUGAUCGGCUGCACACAACCGCGACGUGUCGCUGCCAUGAGCGUUGCGAAACGUGUGAGCGAAGAGAUGGAGGUCAAGCUCGGUGGAACGGUCGGAUAUGCUAUUCGUUUCGAGGACUGCACUAGCAAGGACACCAAGAUCAAGUACAUGACAGACGGCGUGCUGUUGCGAGAGUCACUGAACGAGCCGGACCUCGACCGAUACUCUUGUAUCAUCAUGGAUGAAGCCCACGAACGGGCCCUCAACACUGACGUGCUCAUGGGCCUCAUCAAGAAGGUCUUGUCUCGAAGGCGCGACCUCAAGCUCAUCGUCACCUCUGCAACUAUGAAUUCGGAGCGCUUCUCGCGAUUCUACGGUGGAGCACCGGAGUUCAUUAUUCCGGGACGGACAUUCCCUGUCGACAUACAGUACUCGAGGUCUCCGUGCGAAGACUACGUCGACAGCGCAGUCAAGCAGGUCUUGGCUAUCCACGUAUCUCAAGGUCCUGGCGAUAUCCUAGUCUUCAUGACCGGUCAAGAAGACAUCGAGAUAACCUGCGAGCUUGUUGCGGAAAGGUUGAAAUUGCUCAACGAUCCGCCCAAGCUGAGCAUUCUACCUAUCUACAGUCAGAUGCCUGCAGACCUACAAGCCAAAAUCUUCGACCGUGCUGCUCCUGGAGUCCGCAAAGUCAUCGUUGCAACCAACAUCGCAGAAACAAGUUUAACUGUCGACGGCAUUAUGUACGUAGUCGACGCCGGUUUCUCCAAGUUGAAGGUUUACAACCCCAAAAUGGGCAUGGACACCCUUCAAAUCACACCAAUUUCACAAGCGAAUGCUUCACAGAGAGCUGGAAGAGCUGGACGUACAGGGCCGGGAAAGUCCUUCCAUCUCUACACUGAGAGAGCCUUUCGUGACGAGUUCUACAUUCAAACAAUCCCAGAGAUUCAGCGUACGAACCUCGCCAACACGGUCCUUCUACUCAAGUCGCUGGGUGUGAAGGAUUUGCUGGACUUCGACUUCAUGGACCCGCCGCCUCAAGAUACAAUCACCACAUCUUUGUUCGACCUCUGGGCCUUGGGCGCACUCGACAACAUCGGCGAUCUCACACCCCUGGGCCGCACCAUGACAGCCUUCCCAAUGGACCCCUCGCUUGCCAAACUCAUCAUCACGGCAGUAGAAUACGAAUGCAGCGAAGAGAUGCUAACAAUCGUAUCCAUGCUCUCCGUCCCAAGCGUCUUCUACCGCCCCAAAGAGCGCCAAGAAGAAUCCGACGCCGCGCGCGAAAAGUUCUUCGUCCCCGAAUCCGACCACCUCACCCUCCUACACGUCUACACCCAAUGGAAAGUAAACGGCUUCUCGGACGGCUGGUGCGUCCGGCACUUCCUGCACCCCAAGGCGCUCCGCCGCGCAAAGGAAAUCAGAGACCAGCUCCUCGACAUCAUGAAGAUGCAGAAGAUGGACCUCGUGAGUUGCGGCACGGAUUGGGACGUUAUUCGCAAGUGUAUCUGCUCCGGGUACUACCAUCAAGCUGCCAAGGUUAAGGGCAUCGGCGAGUAUAUUAAUCUCCGCACGAGUGUGACUAUUCAGUUGCAUCCUACGUCUGCGCUGUAUGGGUUGGGAUAUUUACCUGAUUACGUGGUGUACCAUGAGCUUAUCCUCACGAGCAAGGAGUACAUGUCAUGCGUUACGUCUGUCGAUCCGCACUGGCUUGCGGACUUGGGGGCCGUGUUCUACUCCAUUAAGGAAAAGGGGUACUCGGCGAGGGAUAAGCGUGUCACUGAGACGGAGUUUAAUCGUAAGGCGGAGCUGGAAGCCCAGAUGGCGGUGGAUAAAGAGAGGGAGGAGCGGAGGCUGGCGGAGGAAGAGGCCGGGCCGGUGAUUAAGAGGCCGGGCGUGGGUGCUAAGAAGGCUCAGGUGGAUGGUGUGGUUAAGAAGCCGAUGCUAGGGAAGGGGAGGCGGCGAGGGUUUUAG